AAUGCCAGAUGGUAGGAGGACGCAGGAAGAUCAAUCGUCAUGAGCAGGGGAAUGCCGUCCGUCUUGUCGUGCUGCUGCCUCCUGAUGGCUACACUUGCAGCUGCGGCCUGCGCCACUGCUGCCGCCGAUGAACGGAGGUACAACGCCAUGUUCAACUUCGGCGACUCGACGUCGGACACCGGCAACCUGUGCCCCGACGGCCGGCUGCUGCUGACCGGCGUGCUCGGCAUUUUCGCCCGUCCACCCUACGGAAAGACCUACUUCCAGAAGCCCACCUGCCGGUGCAGCGAUGGCCGGGUCAAUGUCGACUUCCUCGCACAAGCGUUGGGGUUGCCAUUUCUCAUACCGUCCAUGGCGGACGGCAAGGACUUCCGGCGAGGUGCCAACAUGGCCAUCGUCGGCGGCACCGUGCUUGACUAUGAUACUGGUGCUUUCACCGGCUACGACGUAAAUCUUAAUGGCUCCAUGAAGAACCAGAUGGAGGCUCUCCAACGGCUGCUGCCUUCAAUCUGUGGAACACCGCAGAAUUGCAAGGAUUAUUUGGCCAAGUCCCUAUUUGUGUUUCAACUGGGGGAAAAUGACUACAGCCUCCAACUGAUUAAUGGAUCGACGGUAGAUGAGGCCAGCAAGAACAUGCCCAUCACAGUGAACACAAUUACAUCCGGUGUAGAGAAAUUAAUUACACUCGGUGCAGUGCACAUCGUGGUGUCGAACAUUGCUCCGCUUGGGUGCUACCCAAUGUACCUGUUCAUUUUCCAGAGCGCCGACAAGAGUGACUAUGACGAGAAUGGCUGCCUCAAGAACCACAACGUUUUGUUCAACAGGCACAACGCUUUCCUCCGGAGCAGCCUCUCAAAGCUUCAAAAGAAGCAUCAGCACACAAGGAUCAUGUAUGCCGACCUCUCAAGCCACCUCUACAACAUAGUGCAGGAUCCCAGAAAGUUUGGCUUUGAGACCAUCCUCACAAGCUGUUGCGGAAAGGCCGACUCGCCAAGCGGAUUCGAUUUGGACGCCAUGUGCGGUAUGGAUGGCUCGAGCGUUUGCCAUGACCCAUGGAGCUACCUCUCUUGGGAUGGUAUGCACCUCAGCGACGCAGCCAACAAACGGGUAGCCAAUGGCUGGCUCAACGGCCCAUACUGCCAACCACCGAUUCUGAAGUGAAGCCCCUUAGCUAAAUGCGUGAACAAACAUCCGGAGAACUGCAUGCAUGUAUUACGACGUAUUUUCUUUUGCAAGAAUGUCCUAUGUAUUGAAAUGUUGUUUUCUGGUGCUGAUUGAUAGUUGAUUCAAGCUACCUACACAUGCGAGAGCGGACACUCAGCCACACAAUCCCAGGUGCGUUCAACUCAACAAAUUGGUCCACGGUUGGUGUUUGCCUGAUACCGGUUCUGCAGGAUUGAUUGGGUUGGACUCAAGAAGACUAGUCUAGUGAAGUCGAAUUACAUGGUAUUAUGUGCAAAUAAAACCAAACCAUGGUAAUGGUGUAAACCAACCGAGAAGUCACCCAGGGGGUUUACUGGCGAUCACCAUGGAAGCAGGGCUAGCCAGAGUAGGUUCAAACUUAAGCUCCACCUUAAUUAAAUUUUGGUGUUAUGUCUAGUUCCUCCUGGAAAUCACUCAUUUUUUCCCCUUUCUAACAAACCAGCCCACCCAGCUACAUCCAUGUCUUGUGUAUUUAGAAGUAGAAUUAUAUUUGUAUGGAUUUCAUUAUUGUAAGAAAAAGUUUAUUUGUAUUUAUACAAAUUUCACAAA